GGCUGUAGGAGUGGUGGAUGAAUCUGACUGAUAACGGAUGACGUUUUUGGCUUGUCGCAUAUUCAUGGAGCUUUGGAAAGGACGUUAGCUGACUUGUUCCCAUCGUGUGUGUUGGUUCAUAUAGAUGAAGGUCGAAAUCGACUCGUUCUCAGGUUUCCGUGUCUACCCCUCCAAGGGCAAACUCUUUGUCCGUGGAGACUCUAAAGUUUUCCGAUUUGCCAGCUCCAAGAAUGCUUCCCUUUUCCUCCAGCGCAAGAACCCACGUAAGAUCGCAUGGACACAGGUCUACCGCCGCAUGCACAAGAAGGGUAUCACCGAGGAAGUCGCUAAGAAGCGUUCUCGCCGGACCGUGAAGCACCAACGUGGUAUCGUUGGUGCUGACCUUGCUACUAUCGCCGCCAGGCGUAACCAGACCGCUGCUAUCCGCAACCAGCAGAGAAUUUCGGCCAUUGCAAAGGCCAAGACUGAGAAGAAAGAGAAGGAGUCGAAAAAGGCCAAGCCUGCACGUGCGCCUGUCGCCAGUGGACCCAGGGUGUCGAAGCAACAGAUGAAGGGUGGCAAGGGUGGACGAUGAACAGUUUUUCCAUCGCUGACACAGACCUAUGUAUCGCACAUCCUUUUCGACAUGACUUCACACGCGCAAAAUCUAUGUUGCAUGCUUUCACAUGGCACUAUCUGCUUCUCCUGGUUUUAGGGAUGGGCGUAGGUCUCAUGCAUCUCGAUGCCCACUUGACUU